AUGGUAGAACAGAAAACAGAUGACCGUAAGCAUCUUGCUUGGAUUUAUGAAGGCCCAAAGUCUUUAGUUAAUCGAGAAGACUACCUGCUUGGCAAAAAGGUAGACAGACACUUCGAGCUGUAUUCCGAUGUUGUUACGAAAGAUAAAGAAAGCGGAAUUGAGGCCGUGGAAAAGCCUCUGCGACAGUUUCAAGAUGCUGCUUCAUCCAAAAUAUCCAAUUUGGGAAUUGAUAUUGUUAGAACCGAAGACCCUUUGGUAGCUAUAAAGAUGAAGGAGGAAAAAAGUUGGCAAGAUAAAGUAGGUAAUCCAUUAAUUAGAUUGAAAAUGCAGAAAUUAAUGAGAAAAUUGAUGGAUAAAAAGGGGAAAAAACGAUUGAAGUUAAAAGAGCUGAAAAAAAAGGAAAAACGUCGACAACGCUCAAAUAAUGACAGUUAUUUAGAGGAUAAGCAGAGUAAGAAAGCACAAAGGGAUAGUCAUGUUCCAUUGCACUUACGUCCCAAAUAUAGCAGUACAUCAUCGACAAGUAGUGAUAAUGAAGAGCAAGUACGUAUAAAGUCAGCAGGAAAGAGAAAUAAAGGCGAUAAAAAAAUGUCUAAGGGAGGAAGUGUUGAAAGUUUCUCCAAGUCAUCUCUUAGAAAGGAUAAAUUCGAAAACUACAAGAAACCAGAUAGAUGUAAGUUAACUGCGGAAGAAAUGGAGGCAAGAAGACAGGAAAUGUUGGCAAAUGCGGACUGGAGAGAUGAAGUUCGGGCCAAAAAUAUCAGAAGAAAUGCGCAGUUAGAUGAAGAUGAGAACAAAAAGAAUGAAGGCAAGGCGGCCAGCUUUAUCAGACCACUGUUGAAUAAUGCAGCAGCUACAAUGACUAUGGCACAGCGUUUGAGCAGUAAUCGCAAAGGAUUACAGCGAACUGUGGGGCUCAAUGAAGACAAGUUUAUUAAACGGUAG